AUAUGCUAUAUUGCGCGGUCAACCCCGAUGACUACCGAAAGAUCUCCUGUUGCACAACCGCCAAGGAGAUGUGGGACAAGCUUGAAGUGACGUACGAAGGUACCGAUCAAGUUCGCGAAGCCAAGAUCGAUUUUCUCACCCAAGAGUACGAAAUGUUCCGGAUGAAAGAAGGUGAGAAAAUUGAUGACAUGUUCGACCGUUUUUCAAAGAUCAUCAACGACCUUCAUGCUCUCAAAAAGACUUACACCAACAAGGAUCUCGUGAGGAAAAUCCUGCGAAGCCUCACACCCGAAUGGAGGUCAAAAGCCGAUGCAAUCUAUGAAUCCAUUGGAGUCUCCAAUGUCACCAUCGACGGGCUAAGAGCCACCAAGGAACCGGUGGAAGAGGCUUCAAGCGAUAACGACAAUGAAUUCGGGCUCGUCAUCAAGAAGUUCCACAAGUUCAUGAAGAAGGAAUUUGAGCGGAAGGGAAGGAAGCACGACGGUCCUCCCAAGUGCUACAGCUGUGGCGAGAUUGGCCACAUCAAGCCAAGGUGUCCAAAGGCCAAACACGGCAAGGAUAAGCCUGGCUUCAAGAAGCAAAGGGCCUACAUCUCUUGGGGUGGCGAUUCCGGCAACGAAUCAACCAACCAAGAGGAGGACGAAGCUGCAAAUCUCUGCCUCAUGGCGCACGAAGAUCAAAACGACGACGUCCAAGAG